AUGAAACUUUUAAAUAGUCUUGUUUUAUUAGCAGCUCUUUGUGCUAUUACUGCAAAUGGAAAAAUUGUUGAAGAUACACCAGAUCCAUCAACAGUUUAUAAUUUGUUUCAAUUAAGUUCAUCAGAUGGAGGAUGUGACCCAGCUGGUACCCAUUCACCAGAUGCCAAUGUUAAUGUAUCAGUUGAUAAAUGUAGAAAUGUUUGUAACAAAAAUAUAAAGAUCUCAAAGGGAACCUCAACAAAUCAAUUCACAUUCCAAACUUAUAAUGAUAAUUCAUGUAGUCAAGCCACAUCAGAUCAAGCAUUAUCAUUCACAUGUUCAGACAAUGUUAAGAAACAAUUAGGAACAAGUAUUUAUAGUGUCAUUUGUAGUACUGGUAGUGAUUCCACAAAUCCAACAAGUACUCCAUCCACCACUCCAUCUGCUACCCCAACUGUCACUCCAUCCACCACUCCAACUGUUACCCCAACUGUCACUCCAUCCACCACUCCAACUGUUGCCCCAACUGUUCCUCCAACUACUCCUCCAUCCACAACAACUGGAUCUGGUUCUACCGUGGUUGCAUCAUUUGGUUUAAUUGUUUCUAUUUUAUUGGCUUCAUUAGCUCUUUAA